UCUCGAAUGACGCAGCUUCCACGAGAUCACGCGACGAAUUGACAAAGUGUAUUUCACAAGGAAAACGUCGACUACUACUAUAUAUACAUUCUUUCCUGUGUGUUCCGAUUAAAGAAGCGAAAGGAUCUGACAACAAGACGAGAUAUGGCUACAGGAAUUCAUGAGAUUACAAGUGACAAAGAUGGCGGGACGCUGUUACCUUCAAAUUACAGGGGUAGUACAGUAUCUCUUCCUACUCAUCAAGAAGUUCAUGAGAGUACAGGUGACAAAAAUGAUGGGAAGCUGUUACCUUCAAAUCACGGCCACAGGGAUGGUACAGUAUCUCCUCCUACUCAUCAAGAUGAUGAUACCAUAAAGGACAGGAGGUUGUGCUCUACCAGUCAAAAGGAUGAUAAAGACGUCAUCAAGCUAAAUAGUCUGGAAAAUGGGUUAUCUAACAUUCCACAACAACAAUGUGAAGAGCAAAAUAAACCUUCUGAUGCUGUGUUCAAAACUGUAACACUUAAAGCUCAGGAUAAGCAAGGCAUCUCUGAGAAAUUGGACAAGAUGACAUCCUCACAGAAUAAAAGUGACUCUAUCUGUAUCUAUCUAGGUAGUCCAGAGAUUCUUAUUGGCAAAGACAAUAUGUACCAGGAAGGCAGGGACUUCACGAUAGAAAAAGCUUGUAACAAAGGCUCAAACGCAGAUGUUUGGACAAACGACAUAGAAGGAGCUUAUAAAAAACCCUAUAACGCAGUUGUUUUUUUGGCGGGAGACAAAAAAACACAGAGGUUACAUGUUCUUAAGCAUAUGCGUCGAUCGAAAUUCAGAAAGGCGGAAAUCGAAGUGCCAUUAGAUCUACAAAAGGCCAUCCGUGUUCCGGAGCUCUACGCCGUCUGUCUCAAAGAUAACUUUGUCCGAAUCCAUAUGGAGCUGAUUGAAAAUGCGAUUCCACUGGAGAAAGUGAUUAAGCUCAUUCCUUUAUUGGAUCCUCUCCACAUUUGGCCAUUCUCAAGAUUCAUACUCCUUGAAAUACUAGCUAUUGUCAAUGCUAUGCAUGAGCAGAACAUCACACAUGGGGAUUUGCAUGAUGGCAACAUCUUGCUUCAGAUACAAUCUGAUAACACCAUCAGAUUUGUCCUCAUUGAUUUUGGAGAAUCAAAUAACCUUGAGACAAAUCCAAAAGAGUACCAGAUUGACAAGGGAGGUCUAGUCGAUAUAGGCGAAGCUUUAAUGAAAGCCUGUAGCUCCGUUGAGGCCAUCGAACAACAAUCUGAACAAGCUGAACUACGUAAAAUAAUUGAUAUGAUGCAAAAUAAUGAACCUACAACAGAUGUACAACAAAUUCUUCAGAGACAAUCAAAUCAAAAAGACAAGGGCAUGAUGUUGCAGGCAGUCAUUCCUAUACUUAGUCAGGAUCCUGCUUUUUUGGAGGCCUCAAGAACCCAAACUCCUUCCAAUCGGGAAACUCCAGUGGCUCCUCUGUCGAGGUCUACGGAAAAAUGGGGAGAUGAGACCAAAAUGACUGGACAGAAAGAAAGUCAAGCAGCUAAAGAUUCAUUGGGUAUCAACACUAAUGCCACUAGUGACCAGGAGGAAAAUCACGGCACACCACAACCUGCAGUAGAAGCUCAGUCUCCUCAAGUCAAUGGAACCCUCCAAUCACCACUUAAUGUUAUUUUCCCUCGAGCCUCUGGAACAAAGGUUGAGAGGGCAGAGAGAGAAGGCUCUCAGAACUGGUUGUAAGCCUUUAAAACCAAAGCAUUAGCCACCACAAUACUUGAAGACACUGACUGGAGGGGAGAAGCUUGGUGAAUUGGUGCCAUUACAUUUGAUGGAGGAGAUACUGCUGCAACAGAAACUAACAUCCUUUUCCUCCUGGACAAAAACAACAUACUCCCUUUACCAGGAACAGAAAUCCCUGAUAUGGGCAUUGAUGCAGGAAAGCCCAGCGAUAUAAGGAGCAAUGCAAGGAUGACCAGGUACUACACCUUCCAGACAAUAAGAGAAAUGUGUCUUUCCGUAAGUCAUACAACAAGUCAACUCAACCUACUUAACCAGGUGGAAGCUGCCUGGUCUAAAAGGGAUACAUCAACAGAUGAUAUCACUAGUCAGUCGUCUAGAUUCAGGUAGUGUGGAUCUACAAUUGGAGGAUAUUUAAAACAGUCAAACAACUGACAGAAGUUUGGCAAAAAAAAAAACACAAAAUCAAAACUGAAUUUUACAUCGAA